ACAACGAAAUGAAACCGACCACUCAAAAUAUUAGAACAACCAGAUUCUUAUUGGACCGCCCAGCUGGUUUGUUUGUUAAUAAUUAUUGAAAUCUAGGUCAUACUAUUGGUUUUCGGCUUUUAUAACAUCCAAAACAUGGAAUAAAACUUGGUUCCACUGUUUUGUUCAAUCAAAAUCAGUGCAGAAAACAUAAGUCAACCACAAGUCCUCAUCUUCUCUUGCAACACCCUACUUUUAUUUGACCUUUUUUUUUUUUUGUUCAUGUCUCAAGGAGAAUCCAAUCCAGAUGGUAACACUCAGGCCAGCAGGUUUAUCAAUGAAUUCCCAGUGUUCACGAAUCAGAUCGACUUAUUAAUAGCAAAAUACGAGAAGUUGGUUGACACUGAAGCAACUCAGCUGGAUGAGAUCAAUAGUUUGAAAGUCAUGGUUGCGGACAAAGAUGAAAAAAUCCGCAUACACGAACAACGGUGCCGUGAGCUUCAGGAAGAGGCGAACGAAUUGAGGGCGAAUUUGGAGAAAACCAAGAAGGAACAUGAUGUGAAGGUAUCUGAGCUCGAGAAAAAGCUCAAGGCCAAGGAAGAGGAAGUAGGCAAAAUGAUCAAUAAGGUUGAGGAGACGGCUAAUUCGAUGACUUGGGGAAAAGCUAAGAAGCUUGAACUUAGGCUCGGGUCCGCAGUUGGAUGACAACCAAAAUACUCGUAGAUCAAGAUCUAGGGAUAGGUAUAUGGAAAGGCGUCGAUCUCCAAGUAGGGUGAGGCGUUUUUCAAGAUCUCCAAGAGAGAGCGAAGAUGAUUACAGAAACGAGUAAGAGCAAGUUUAUUUCAUUCAACUUUUGAUGUUAUACGAACAGUGUGUCUAUUCCCAUUUCCGACUCUUAUUUUUUAAACUUUGUUUCAAUGAUCACAUUUGUUGGAAGACUGCGGAAAACAAUGUGGCCUGGAAAACGACCAAAAUCGAGGUCUAGGGAUAGAGGCAGCAGUAGAUGAGCCCUACUGGCUAGGUGCUGCCUUCCUUUAUUGCAUUACUCUGUAUUUUACAAUGGACUUCUUUCUUAUAUAUUUCAUUUCAUGUUCUACAGUGACUAUUCACUAAUUGAUAUUUGAGAUUUGUAUUGCAAAUGA